UUUUGACUCAUCAUCUCUCUGCUCCUGCUCUCAUCAGUUUCCAUUUUCUCUAUUCAGCUCCAGCUGUGUCAUUCAUCUGUGCAGUAGUUCUAGCUUUUUUGACAUGGGUUUUGGAUGCUUUCUUAUUUUGGGUGCUCAAAGUUUUCAUCUUUAAACCUCCUUCAAGAUUAAAGCUCGCUUUGGUGAUUAUCUAGCUUGGUGUGUACUUAAGCAUUGUGGAUAAACCCCAUCUGGGUCCCUCAGAAAUUAUAGCUUCUUUGGUAUUUUGAUGGGUGGAAUUAAUUUUUGUUUGAUGUAACAAUUUUGUCCUUGUAUUUUGGGUUUCUCUGUUACAAUUAUUAGGUGCCUCUCACUCUCUCAUGUGCUGUAUCAUUACUAUCAUAUAUGCUCGAGAAACUGUAUCUAUUUUUAGCAUGGGUAGUUGUCAAGCUAUAGCAUAGUAGAGUUUGUUUUUUGUUUGGGGAAUUUAAUGGGGGACUUGGUUUUGUCACCCAGAUCUGCUUAGAGAUUGAAAGAUAGGAUUUUAGACCAUAUUGGUUUGUUUGAGCAGCUAUGAGAUCCAUGGAAGAUAAGGAGAUUUCUGGAGGCAGUAAUGCUAUAAGUUUUGAGUUUCACAAACAGAAUGGAGGAGCUAACCGCACUACCAGUACUACUACUACUGCUUCCCAUCAUCAUAGAACAGCUUUGGGGAAGUUACCAACACCUUCAAAAUGGGAUGAUGCACAGAAAUGGCUAGUGGGGUUGUCGAGAGGAGUAGACAAAACGCAUUCCAAGACCAAACCCAGAAACUCUAAUGCUGAUGACUUGAGGCUCAUAGCUCCUGUGCCGCAGAAGGAGCAAGACUACUCUAGCGGAGAAGAUGAAGGAGAAGCAAAUGGGCGUUGUUCUGGUUCUGCUGUUGCAAAUCAUUACGAUGUGGAGACGAAGAAAGUGGACUGUGAUGACUCGGUUUGGAGAAGCAACAAGCCUAUGAUGGAGAACCCAACUUCAGCUGCUGCCAUGAGAUCUAUAUGUUUGAGGGACAUGGGAACUGAAAUGACCCCAAUUGCAAGCCAAGAGCCUUCUAGAACCGGCACGCCUCUCCGGGCAACAACUCCGGCUGCAAGGAGCCCGAUAUCGUCGGGAUCCUCGACUCCGGUGAGGGCAUGUCAGCAUGGGAUGCAAGGUAACCAGCAGGGGUAUCAAGGGUCUAGUGAGAAUGGUAGAAGUAGUAGUACUACUCAUGAGAGCAUUCCUUGUGGGAGAGGGAGUGGCGGAAGCAAUAAGAGGUAUGUGGAGGAAUCAAAUGUGUGCAAGAAUAGUAUCCCUGAGAAUCAGAACUCAGAUCAAGCUAGGAAGCCAAAUCCUCUAGAAACUAGAGCAAUGGCUUGGGAUGAAGCAGAAAGAGCAAAAUACAUGGCAAGGUACAAGCGUGAAGAAGUAAAGAUACAAGCCUGGGAAAACCAUGAGAAGAGAAAAGCUGAGAUGGAAAUGAGAAAAUGGAGGUGAAGGCUGAGAGAAUGAAAGCUCGAGCACAAGAAAAGUUAACAAAUAAACUUGCUGCAACGAGAAGGAUAGCUGAAGAAAAGAGGGCUAAUGCAGAAGCCAAACUCAAUGAAAAAGCUUUGAAGACGUCGGAAAAGGCAGAUUACAUAAGGAGGACGGGUCAUUUG